AUGUCAUCAGAAGAGAACCUGAAUCCGAUUUCUUGUGAGCUAUGCAGACAACGGAAAUGCAAAAGACUGGCAGAGACCGAGUCAGCCCUUUACGGGGCUUUGAUGACCAUUCGUUCGAUGGGACAACCAAUAACGGUACAAAUACCAGCAAAGACGGAUACUACCCUUAAACACAAGGCAGCUCGCAUGGAAGAGUGGUCUCACCUGGCCCUUCAAGAUUGGGCCGGUAUGGAGCGUUGGCUGACCGCCAUGUCGGAUCGGUUUACCAUUGAGCAGCCAAGUGACGUGGUUCCAGACACAUCGGGUGGCUACACGAUUCCUAUGAGUCCUACUCACGAUGAAUCGCAGACCCUGGGAGACCAGCCUCAUUCCAGACUAGUCUCAUAUGCAUGGCCACCCAGGGACAACAGGGUCACUUCAGGGAGUUCAUACGAUGCGCCUCAGCCCCACCCUGGGGUGAUGCCUUCGCCGGUAUAUUUUGAACAGGCGGUGGAACCCGAACCCGUGCCGUCUCCAGGUAGUUCUCGAGAUGGAAUGAUUGAUGACGAGGAUGCCGGUGUCUCGGUGGAUGUAAAUGCAUCUGUAAGAGCUAGGGUGGAGACGGGGCCGAGCAAAGCUGAGGAGCUGUCACACAAUAAUCCGAGUCUUUACUUUUAA